GUACACACCUCUCCAUUUUCCUCCUCAUCUUCAUCUGCCUUUGAUUUUCUGCGCUUGUUUGGGCGAGAUAAUUUGCCAUAUUUCGCAUGUAUCUCGUCCUCGCCGAGUUGUACGUGGAGGGGAUCGUGUCUGGACUUGCCAGAAGCCUUUGCAACGCGAGGCAUACUGAUGAGAAGCUUGGAGAAGGAGGCCGGUGUGCGAGUAGAAAUUUCGCGGAUGUGGAUGGGGAUUGGAUGGGUGAUCGACCAAAUCGGGACUGAUGGAAUGGAGGGCACGGCGUCAACGGCGUCGAAAGACAGAAUAGCUCUCCUUCUCAAUCAAAUCACCCCUCCAGCAAAAUAUUAACUUUAGCUUUUCCCGCGAGGUUUAUAAUCCCCGUCUUCCACAGUUCAAGUCUCAUACUCUCUUCUCUUCUCCUCUUGCUAGGCCACCCAGAACAUGUCGUCCCCUCCACCGAUUCGCACCCUCGACAAGUCUGGGAAGGAAAUCACAUCCGUCGGCUUCCAACGCUUUGGGUUCGACUGCGAGGUUAGCCUGGAUGUCUUGAGGUCCCUAUACUUGCGUCCCCACUACGUAACAACUGUCGCUUCGAGCGAUUCUACCCUUGAAUUGGAUGCCAAAGAAGAACAGGAUCAUGCUAAAUUCACCCAAGGGCACGCCGCCUAUCAGUCCAAAUCCAUCUACCAUCCCGAUACUCAAUCAAUCUCUUACACCACCCUUUCUCGCUUCCCUCCCGUUAGACUGCUUGCCCCUUCUCAACGCAAGCGAAUUCUUAUUACAGGCGGCGCAGGUUUUGUUGGAUCCCAUCUUGUUGACCGUUUAAUGAUCUUGGGCCACGAGGUCACCGUCCUUGACAACUUUUUCACCGGUUCCAAGACCACCGUCAGUCAUUGGGUCGGCCAUCCUAAUUUUGAAAUGGUUCGACACGAUGUCGUCGAACCAUUCAUGAUUGAAUGCGACCAAAUAUACCAUCUUGCCUGCCCAGCCUCGCCUCCGCAUUACCAAUUCAAUGCCGUAAAAACCAUAAAGACCUCUUUUAUGGGAACGCUGAACAUGCUCGGAUUGGCGAAGCGCACGAAGGCGCGGUUCCUGAUCUCUAGUACUUCAGAGGUGUAUGGUGACCCUGAGGUUCACCCUCAACCCGAAGACUACUGGGGUCAUGUGAAUCCUAUUGGUCCUCGUGCUUGCUACGAUGAGGGCAAACGUGUUGCAGAGACCCUUACGUACGGUUUCCACCGUCAAGACGGUGUCGAUGUUCGCGUCGCACGUAUCUUCAACACUUAUGGUCCCCGGAUGAACCCCUUCGAUGGACGCGUUGUAUCCAAUUUCAUCGUGCAGGCUCUUCGAGGUGAAGACAUGACCGUUUACGGCGACGGAAAGCAGACCCGCUCGUUCCAAUACAUCCACGAUCUUAUCGACGGACUUAUUGCUCUUAUGAACUCCGAAGAGACCCGUCCCGUCAACCUCGGCAACGGCGACGAGUUCACCAUCGGUGAAUUCGCCGAGCUCGUCCGCGACAUCGUAGAGAAGGUCCAGAAGGAAGAUGGCAUCAAGCCCCCUCGUCGUGUCAACAUCAUAUACAAGCCGAUGCCCACGGAUGAUCCUCAGAAGAGAAGACCUGAUACUACUCGCGCUAAGGAGGUCUUGAGCUGGCAACCGAGGUGGACGGUUCGAAUGGGUCUGGAAGAGAUGGUUCGUUACUACAAAGCCAAGAUGGCUGAGGGUGGCAUUUAGGUAUGUUUUCAGGGUUACGUGUGUUGACUUCUCUAGCUGGUUUUGGCGUGAUACUUGUCUCCCCACUCGGUUCUUCUGUUCGUUCUCAUAAUAGUGCCAAAGACAUUGUAGACAAUUUUGUGAUAGAUAGAAAAGACAUGGACACGAAGGUACCUAUGAUACAGAUUGAGAUCCAAACGGUAUAUCCGAAAAGUGUGGAGUAAUAGAGGCCGUAACAAAGAUCAUGAGCUAUAUGCUAGAGACAAGCUUUAGGUUG